AUGCAUGACACUGCUACAAGCACUGAUAUGACUAACCCUAAUGAGGUUCUGAAUGUUGCACCCUUGAGAAUGGUGCAUGUUGAUGAUUUGAAGGUAAGGAAACCGCGCACUCCACAUGUACGGAGACCAAAGGAGGAUGUUCGCGGAAGAACCACCAAUCCCUCAUCUUCCACUCCUCGUGAGGAUUUAACAAAGGAAGGAUCAAGGUAUGUUCAUAAAGCCAUUGCUAAAAUUGUCACUCGUGAUGUCACAAAGGAUGUCAAUGACAUUGGGAAUAUUGGUGCUGAUGCUGGUACAGGUACUGCUACAAGAACAGGCUCACAUGUUGUGGAUCUUGAUGACUUUUCUGAUAAUGAUCUGAUAGCUGCUGUGAAUCCUGGCUUAACCAAGAGGCUUAUGACUAGGAGGAAAGGUAAGGCUGUUGUACAAAGUUCUCCGAAGAGAAAGGUUACUCCUAGAAGUCCCUCUGCUGACUUUAUCAGGAAGAAAAGUACCUCUACAGGUCCCAUAAAGAGCAGAGCUGUGUCUCAGAGUGUUUCUAUUGGUCCAACCAAAUCUUGGAGCAAAGUUAUUCCCAAGAAAAGGAAGGCUCAAGCUAUAGUUGAUUAUGACUCUGAUGUUGAUGUUGAUGCUCAAGGCAUUCCACUAAGGAAGAAACCAACAACCAGCAAGCUGGCUGCUAGUGUUCCUGAGGUACCCAUUGAUAAUAUCUCUUUUCAUUAUCCUUCUAGUGUCAAUAGGUGGAAAUAUGUUUACCACAAGAGGUUAGCUUUGGAAAGGGAGUUGGAUAAGAAUGUCAUUGAGAAUAAAGAAAUCAUGGACCUGAUUCGUGAAGCUGGACUAUUGAAAACUAAAACUGUUCUAAUAGAAAAUCAAAGGACUUUAGAAAAGUAUAUGUCAGAGGAAAAUGUUAUCAACAACUUUCUUGGAAGAUCUGAUGAAGCUCAACCUGAGCUGGAAGUGACUGACAACAAAAUAUGUGAGGUUAUCACGGCUAAGCAGGUGAAAGCCUGGCCCCUGAAAGGAAAACUUUCUGCAAGCAAGCUCAGCAUAAAAUAUGCAAUGCUACACAAGAUUGGAGCUGCUAACUGGGUCCCCACAAACCACAAGUCAACUGUUGCUACUGUGCUGGGAAAGUUUAUAUAUGAUGUUGGAACCAAGACCAAGUUUGACUAUGGUACUUACAUAUUUGAUCAGACAAUGAAGCAUGCCGGGAUUUAUAGUGUGAAGGGUCCUAUUGCCUUCCCAUCUAUCAUAUGUGGUAUAAUUGUGAAUCAGUACCCUAAUAUCCUAAGUGAAAAUGAUGUUGUUUGCAAGAGAGAAAGUGCUUUAUCAUUUCACUACAAACUGUUCCAAGGAACACAUGGUCCUGAAAUUGUCACAACAUCAGCUGGAACAUCCAAAGACAGCACAACUACAAGUAAGGCUGUCGUGAUUGAAAUGCUCAAGGAAACAUGUAAAGAGCUAGAGUCCAGAAAACUGGGUCUUGAAAAAUUGAUCAGCUCCCUUGAGAUGGAUGAAGGAGCUGAGUUUGCUGAAGCUGAUAUGGAUGAACAGGGUGAAGAAGAAGGUGAAUUAGACAGAGAAGUUCAGAAAGAAUCCAGUCAAGAUGAUGGCACUGGUGAAGACACUGCAGAUGCUGAACUCAGUACCUCUGAGUCUGAAGACUGA